ACGCCUCUCCUUCUCCCUUUUCAAUUUUUUGUUCUAGUUCUAUAUUUCUUUAGUGUUUUUGCAGAUGGCAUUCCAAAAGUUCACGCUUGGCUUACGGUGGAAUGGUUACACGGAAGAGACCGGAAAGGGGGUCACCUACGUCGGUGGCAAUUUUCAGAAAAUAAAGGUCGUUACCAGACCGCUGCUUGAAGGCCUCCAUCAAAUGUGCACUAACGUUACUUGCAUGGAUGGCACGAGAAGAGUUGAUCGUAUGGUGUACCGAUCUCCAAACAGAGAAAGUGGGUCAUUGUGGCAUGAGGAAUAUCUCAUAACCACUCAGGAUGAAGUAGAUUCCAUGCUCGAAUUCUUGAGAUCCAACAAUCUUUCCAAAGCCGAGAUGUUCGUUUACACCGAGGCGGCCGUUGGCGUUGGAGGUCAUUCUGGACACGGUCAAACAUCUGGUAUCCAUGGUGGAGGUGAGUUAUAUGGCAAUCAUCCCUAACAAAGUUAUCAUGAUCUUCAUUCCAAUUUUCAGUACCAAGAGCAAGGUGAAAGUCAUCAUCAAUCUUUCUCGUCAUAUGAAGAAGAAGUUCAACCGGACCUCCCCAACCAACCUCAGUACAACUUCCAAUCAGGCAGCGGUAGUUUUCACAACUACCAUUAUGGAGCUGAUGAAGGUGCCUUUCCUUCUCUAAAGUGAAACAAUGGGUCUCCUUCCUCCAUCUCUCAGCUAAUGCGGUGAUGAGUUGGCGAUCGACUUUGAUGCCGUUAAAAUGCCCAAUCGGGUCCAACCAUGCCCUUUUGAGAAAGGGCAAGAUAGUUGGGUGGAAUGGGAGCACAUUGGUCAUACCCCUGUAGCGGAGUAUUGUUUGGGCCUCCUAGCGAAAAUUUACACGUUAAUUAUUAUAUAUUAGUAAGGGUUUUUUCUUAUAACUAAAUUAAUUAAAUUAAAUUAUUUAA